AGAAUAUUGCAGUUAGUUCCUUAUUACUUGGAUCCUUUGCACUCAUUGUUCAUUCAUUGUUGUAUGUGUCGCUGCUCUCUCUCUCUCUUUCUCUCUCUGUUCUUGAGCUUAGGGCUCCUCCCUACUAGUUUUUCUCCAGAAAGCGGUGGAAAGUUGAAGUGGGUAGUCUUUUGUUGAUGAUUUGGAGAAGCUUAUGCCAGAAAUGGAGGAAGUGUUGAUAAGGCAAGGGAGAUCUCUAGCUGAGACGCCUACCUAUUCGGUGGCUUCAGUCACCACCGUCCUCGUUUUCGCCUGCUUCAUUGUUCAGAGGGCCAUUUAUCGAUUUGGCAGGUGGUUGAAAAGGACCAGAAGGAAGGCUUUGUUUGCUUCUUUGGAGAAAAUGAAAGAAGAGCUGAUGCUGCUGGGGCUUAUAUCUUUGUUGUUGGCGCAAUGGGCAAGAUGGAUAUCUGAGAUUUGUGUAAAUUCAUCUCUUUUCAGCAGUAAGUUCUUCCUUUGCGCCGAGGAAGAUAUUGCUGCUGGUGUGGCUCGCCAUCUCUUGCUUGAAGAAAGCUUCCCAUCCCACUCUCCAAACAACACACACAUUCCUCCAAAAGGAAUAAUUACCACAACAACUCAUCAGUGUGGUCAGGGUCGAGAGCCAUUCGUAUCGUUGGAAGGUCUCGAGCAACUUCAUCGAUUCUUGUUUGUUCUUGGCAUCACUCAUGUUCUAUACAGCUGCCUGGCGGUUGGUCUGGCAAUGAGCAAGAUAUACAGUUGGAGGAAAUGGGAGAAUCAACCCAACUUACCUGUGGAUGGUAGUGUUCAAGCCAAGCAACAGAGGAUGAUGAGAAGGCAAACUACUUUCAUCUUCCAUCAUACAGCUCAUCCAUGGAGCAGGAGUAGGAUUCUCAUUUGGAUGCUAUGCUUUUGUCGACAGUUCAAGAGUUCUAUAAAGAAACCAGACUACUUGGCUUUGCGGUUGGGUUUCCUAACUAAGCACAAGUUGCCACUUUCCUACAACUUCCACAAGUACAUGGUGCGAAGCAUGGAAGACGAGUUCCAGGGAAUAUUGGGGAUCACGUGGGUACAUUGUGAAUGUCUUUCAUGCAGUAAAAAUUUCCCUGUUAGAUUGCCACCUCUCUGGGGUUACGCCAUAGUCUGCAUCUUCAUAAACAUCCACGGUUUAAAUGUUUACUUCUGGCUAUCUUUCAUCCCUGCAAUUCUUGUCAUGGUUGUGGGGACGAAGCUCCAACACGUGGUCUCGUUGCUAGCACUCGAGGUUCUGCAACAGCAAGGGCCAUCAGCGGGGACUCAAGUCAAGCCAAGAGAUGACUUGUUUUGGUUUGGUAAACCAGUAAUUCUAUUGAGGUUGAUUCAGUUCAUCAUCUUUCAGAAUGCCUUCGAGAUGGCAACAUUCAUCUGGUCCUUGUGGGGCCUGGAACAGAGAUCCUGCUACAUGAAGAACCAUUACAUGAUCAUCAUUCGAUUAGUUUCUGGAGUUCUCGUUCAAUUCUGGUGCAGCUACAGCACAGUGCCACUCAAUGUGCUUGUCACACAGAUGGGAUCGAACUGCAGGAAAGCCUUGGUCGCCGAGAGCGUGAGAGAAUCGCUCCACAGUUGGUGCAAGAGAGUGAAGGAGAGGUCAAAGCGCGACGCUGCAAUGUCAAUAGCCACCAGAUCAGUGUGUUCACUUGACACGGCCACCAUUGAUGAAGGUGACGAGGGGAUCACCGUUGCAUCCGGGACCAUCUCCAGGAGGUCGUCCUUGAACUCCUUGAAUGGGAUAACCGUGGAUCCGGCUGAUGAUGAACAAGCAGCAGCAGCAGAAGAAGAAGGUAGUGGUACUGAUCCUGAGAACUCGAAUAAUGGGCGCCGUCAUGAUGCUGAACUGUCACUGAGGAUUGAGCAGUACUUGAAUAGCAAUAGUAUGGCAGAACCUCCCAUUAGCGAUGGUGAAUCUGAUGAAGUUAGUAACGCGGCACAAGGCAUUGUGGAAGAGCCGAAAGUCGAGACCCUAUUGGACUUGUUUCGGAAGGCAUAGAGACAGUGGAAGAAAACAGAAACAUCAAACAAGGCUGCCUGCCUAGCUAG